AUGAAUGGACACCGUAGUAAGAAAAAUUGCGAAACAACAAGAAGACAUGAGCAUAAACGCUAUCUGAAAUUGAGCUCACAUAAACUCAACCGCGGCCAUUAUUGCUGUGUUUAUUUCCGGUUCUCUCCCUCACACACAGGAAGAGUUGAUGGCGGUUGGUCAGAGUGGGGAGACUGGGAUGACUGUACUGUAACUUGUGGGGGUGGUAGACAAUUUCGUCAACGCACCUGUUCAAACCCACCGCCAUCAGGAGGCGGAAACAUCUGUGCAGGACUGCCUUUUGAGUCGCAAUCUUGUAACGUGAAUCCGUGUCCAGUUGAUGGAGAUUGGUCUGACUGGUCAGAUUGGGGUGCCUGCAGUGCUCCAUGCGGCGGUGGAACCCAACAGCGCAGUCGCACUUGCACCAAUCCUCCUCCGUCUAAUGGUGGAGCGCAGUGCAGUGGGGACUCGACCGAGUCUCAAAGGUGCAAUGACGACCCUUGCGGACCUGUGAAUGGUGGUUGGAGCCAGUGGUCAUCUUGGUCAGACUGCACUUACAACUGCGGUGGAGGAAAACAAACAAGAAGUCGCAGUUGCACCAAUCCUCCACCUGCAAAUGGCGGAAAAGACUGCCGUGGAAAAAAGUCAGGGUCGCAGUCAUGCAACGAGCAGGAAUGCGGUAAGUUCCGUUACUGAUAGCUGGGCUGAUGAUAAUAGCCACAAACAACAUAUAAUA